AUGGCAUCAUCGUCUUCUUCUUCAACCACAUUCUGCACCCUCAAGUUUCACUCCAAAACACCAAUCAACAGUAACAAAACUUUCUCUCUUCCACGGAUUCUUCACAUGAAGCAGCAAGAGGAAGACAACAACAACCCCACCCAUCAAAUCAAUCGCAGACAACUCAUAUUGAGAAGCAGCGAAUUAGCAACCAUUGGUGCCAUCUUCAAUUUAAGUGGAAAAAAGCCUGAAUAUCUUGGAGUUCAGAAAAGUUCAUCAGCAUUGGCUCUAUGUCCAGCAACUAAGAAUUGUGUGUCAACCUCUGAGAAUGUCGGUGAUCUCAUCCACUAUGCUCCUCCUUGGAACUAUAACCCUGAAGGCAGGAAAAGUCCUGUGAGCAGAGAAGAGGCAAUGGAGGAACUAAUAGAAGUGAUAGAAUCAACAAGACCGGACAAGUUUACACCAAGAAUAGUUGAAAGGAAAGAAGACUAUGUUCGAGUUGAGUAUCAAAGCUCAAUCUUAGGGUUUGUAGACGACGUUGAGUUUUGGUUCCCACCGGGUAAAGGUCCGAUCGUAGAGUAUCGAUCUGCAUCAAGGUUGGGAAACUUUGAUUUUGAUGUUAAUAGAAAAAGAAUCAAGGCACUAAGACAAGAGUUGGAAAAGAAAGGAUGGGCAUCUCAAGAUACUAUAUGA